CUGCAUGGUUGCUGGUAAAACAGGAAAUGGGAAAGCAGAGUCUGUCGCUGGGAAGAAAUGAUACAGUUCAGCUAAAAGAAGCCUACAAAUGGAUAACUCACCCCCUGUUUUCAGAGGAACUGGGUGUUCCCAUUGAUGGAAAGAGCUUGUUUGAAGUGAGUGUGGUCUUUGCUCACCCAGAAACAGUUGAGGAUUGCCACUUCCUACGUGCGAUAUGCCCAGAUUGUUUCAAGCCAGCCAAAAACAAACAGUCAGUAUUCACUAGAAUGGCAGUUAUGAAAGCUUUGAAUAAGAUUAAAGAAGAGGAUUUCCGCAAGCAGUUUCCUUGUCCUCCAAACUCACCAAAGGCUGUAUGCAGUGUUGUUGAAAUUGAAUGUGCUCAUGGUGCUGUUUUUGUGGCUGGGAGAUACAAUAAAUACUCCAGGAAUCUACCACAAACUCCUUGGAUAAUUGAUGGAGAAAGGAAGAUGGACUCUUCAGUGGAAGAAUUAAUUUCAGACCAUCUUUUGACAGUGUUCAAAGCAGAGAGCUUUAAUUUUUCAUCCUCUGGGAGAGAAGAUGUAGAUGUGAGAACAUUAGGAAAUGGAAGGCCCUUUGCAAUUGAGCUGGUGAAUCCUCAUAGAGUACAUUUCACUUCACAAGAAAUUAAGGAACUUCAGCAGAAAAUUAAUAACUCGUCUAACAAAAUCCAAGUCCGUGACUUGCAGCUUGUCACAAGAGAGGCAAUAGGUCAUAUGAAAGAAGGUGAAGAAGAAAAGACCAAGACCUAUAGUGCCUUAAUAUGGACAAAUAAAGCAAUACAGAGGAAGGACAUUGAAUUCCUAGAUGACAUAAAGGACUUAAAGAUUGACCAGAAAACACCUUUACGGGUCCUUCACCGGAGGCCCCUGGCUGUGAGGACUCGCAUCAUUCACUCCAUGGAGACACACUAUGUGGAUGAGCACCAUUUCCGCCUCUAUCUGAAGACUCAGGCAGGAACCUACAUUAAAGAGUUUGUACAUGGAGACUUUGGAAGAACAAAGCCGAACAUUUGCUCUCUGAUGGAUGUGACUGCAGACAUUCUUGAGCUGGAUGUUGAGUCUGUAGAUGUUGAUUGGCCCCCUGCUCUGGAUGACUAGCUUUCAAUGGGAAACAAGGAGUAGGGUUUUCCGGCAAAAUGUGGACAUCCAUUCAGCAUACACUGUAAAAUGGCUGUUUUUACCCACCAUAACGGUGUCUUGGAAACCAUUUGGAUCAUGUUGAUCUAUCUAUUUUUAAAUUUGUUGUAACAUCUCAGGAUCUAUGUACAUGUAUAUUUUGUGUUGAAUUGUUCCAAGGAUGUCUUAUGAUUUUUCUCAUUCCUUCUCCAACCCCCCACAAGCCAAACUAUGAAUAAUGAAACCAUUCAUUCAGAGAGGUACACAAACAGGAUACAUUCUCUGAAAAUCUGAGAAGCUGCAAUUUCUUUCAGCAAAAUUGCCCUCCACAGGAUAGAUACCACUUUUAAAAUCAGGUUUAAAAUUUUUUAAAUGAUCUUGAUAAAAGUUACAUCUAGAUUUAUGCAGCACAGUAAGUAUCCUUGUAAUAUUCUAAGAUACCAAAUGCAAAUCUGACAUCAUUAAUAUUUUUCCCAGUAAGCUUCAAGCAAGCUAUUACCAAUAGAAGUGUGUUUUGGUACGAUUUGUCACAAACCUUAAUAACUCCAAGUUACUCUUUUGACAAUCUAAAAUUGUCAGUACAUUUCCUGGGGGAGAGAAUGUGAGACCUUAGGAAUUGAGGCAUACCAUAAUAAGAGACU